ACAGCGGCGGCAGUUGAUGCAGCUCUCCUCAACGUGUCAUGGAUCUGUGGAGCAUUGUGGGACCAGCGUGUGGAAUAAUUAUGCGUCCUGUUCAGGAUCCAGUGGAGAGGAAGCCAUCAGCCUGAUCUCGUGAUGCCCUCCGUGUCUCUCAGCUUGCCAGCCGCGCUGGCCGGCCGCGCACGCACCUGGGUCUGCCUGUCCUGCAUGUUCUGGCCUGAAGAGUUUGAAGCCGUCCACUCCCACACCUUCCGGCUGAAGACGUUCAAGAAGGGGAAGCACUGUGGCGUGUGCAAGCAGACUGUAAACAAUGAGGGGCUCAUCUGCAGAGUUUGCCGGUUAGCCUGCCACAGGAAGUGUGAGGUUAAGGUAUCAUCCUCCUGCGUUCCUGUUGCCAACUAUGAACUGGCCCCCAGCAAUGACCUCCCACUGAAACAUAUAGAGACAACAGGCUCAACCAAAUCCUCCAAGAGCAUGGAGUCUCGACGCAGGCCAUCUAAGAGCUUGAGUUUGAUCCAGGCCAUGGAGGAAAACUAUGAGGUGGACCUGGUCUACAUCACAGAGCGCAUCAUUUCUGUGAGCUUCCCCAGUAAUGUAGAAGAGCCGAGCUACAGCGCUAACAUAAAGGAGGUCGCCACCAUGCUACGCUCCAAACAUGGGGACAACUACUUGCUCUUCAACCUCAGUGAAAAGCGCUAUGAUAUCUCCAAGCUGAAUCCCAAAGUGCUGGAUUUUGGCUGGCCGGACCAUCAUGCUCCAGCCCUGGAUAAGAUCUGCAGCAUCUGCAAAGCCAUGGACACUUGGAUGAACGCUGACAGUCACAAUGUGGUGGUCUUACACAAUAAGGGAAACCGAGGUCGAACGGGGGUAGUUGUGGCUGCGUACAUGCAUUACAGCAACAUAUCAGCGAGUGCAGACCAGGCUCUGGACAGGUUCGCCAUGAAGCGCUUUUAUGAAGAUAAAGUGCUUCCUGUGGGUCAACCCUCCCAGAGAAGGUAUGUGCAGUAUUUCAGCGGUCUGCUCUCCGGCCGCAUCAAGAUCAACAACAAGCCCCUGUUUCUGCACCACGUCAUCAUGCACGGGAUCCCAAACUUCGAGUCCAAAGGAGGUUGCCGCCCUUUCCUCAAGAUCUACCAGGCUAUGCAGCCCGUCUACACAUCUGGGAUCUAUAACGUCCAAGGAGACAGUCAGACCAGUAUCUGCAUCACCAUUGAACCCGGCCUGCUUCUGAAAGGAGACAUCCUGCUCAAGUGUUACCACAAGCGCUUCCGCAGCCCGUCCCGUGAUGUCAUCUUCAGAGUGCAGUUUCACACCUGUGCUGUCCACGAUCUGGGCAUCGUCUUCGGCAAAGAUGAGCUUGAUGAAACAUUUAAAGAUGACAGGUUUCCUGAAUAUGGAAAAGUGGAAUUUGUCUUUUCUUUUGGCCCAGAAAAAAUCCAAGGAAUGGACCACCUUGAGAACGGGCCCAGUGUUUCUGUGGACUACAAUACCCAGGAUCCUCUGAUUCGCUGGGAUUCUUACGAGAACUUCAACCAGCGCUGUGAAGAUUCAGUGGAGGACAUCCUCAUUUGGUGGGUCAGCUCUCUGGAGAGGGAAAGUCAGAGUGAGGAAUGCAAGGAGGAAAUCUCUCUGAGGUCUAAUGAUGAAGUGUGGGAUGAGGAGCUGGUGUGUGCGGUCUGUGUGCGUAAGUGUGUGGAGCGAACGGCCCGGGCCAGUUCCCAACCGCAGUCAGCCACUGCAUGCCUAUCAAAGAGCCGCCCUCGUUUCACCCGCUCUGUUCCCAGCGCUUUGAGAGGGUAUCCGACCACGGAGCAGAAGUACAUGCCCAAAGCUCCCACACGCACGACCAGCAGUAGGGAUGCAGUGCAGAGGGGACUGAAUGUGUGGCAACAGUAUGGUGUUCCUGAGGUCCCAGUCACAGAUGGGGUCACCUUCAACCCUGUGCUACAAUCCCACAGCCUUCCGGAGUUUCCUCGCAUGACAUCUCAGAAAGAAAUUGAGCAGUCCAUCGAAGCCCUCAACAUGCUGAUGUUGGACCUUGACCCAGGACUUUCUCAAGUCCCCAAGUCCCAUAGUGCCCCAUCUGGAGAAGGUGGAGUGGUCACCACCCAACCAUCUUUCUCUCAAGCCCAAGCACGGCCAUCCUACCAAGCAGAUGCAGCCGUUCAUGACCGAGGUGGGGUCUCUUCAGGGGGAUACCUUUUGACCUUUCAACAGGUAGCUGCAGAGCCUCCACAACCCUCCAUGAACCAACAGAGACCAGCCAUAUCCCAACAUGCUGCAUUCCCUUCUGAGACAGAAGGUCAGGCUCCUAUGUACCAGUCCACAGUGCCUUCCUCCACCUUUGGAGUUCUCCAGUUGAAACCCCUCAACAUUUACCCUUCAAGCACCACGUCUCAAUCCCCUGAGCCCCAGGAGAGCCAGCAUAGCUAUUCUGCCUCCUCAUCCCCUUUGCCUAAAGAGUCUGAACCGCAAGAUGCCAACUACAAAUUGGAUGGUCUUGUAGCUCACCGUGUAGCUGGAGUUCAGUCUGGUGAAAUGUCACUAGAUGAGGCUUCGGUUCCUGGAUGGUGCCGGACCCUCAGUGAAGGCCUUUCCCAAGACGAGAGCCCAACCCGAGGAAACUCGGUCCGCUCCCCCAUCCGCUGCAUCUCUCCCGAGCUGGCCAAUACCAUUGCUAUGAACCCUGGGGGGCGGCCCAAGGAGAGACACAUGCACAGCUACAGGGAAGCGUUUGAGGAAAUGGAUGGGGGUCCCAUCAGCCCCCCUCCGAUUGCUGGUGGUGAGGCCCUACCCCAAUCCCCUGCCUUCUCUGUCAUGCCACAAACCCCUUACUUCAACCUAAGUCGAUCUCCUCCUGGACUGGCUAAAACACCACUGUCCUUCCUGGGCUUGAAGCCCCACAACCCUGCUGAGAUACUGCUCAACCAGACAGGCUCAGAGAGUGAGGAUGAGGAAGAGCCUCGUAGCUAUGUGGAGUCUGUGGCCAAAGCAGCUGCAAGUGGGCCGCCAGCGUCACCUGUGUCUCCAACAUAUGACAGCGACAGCUUAGCUCGUCCUGCUGGGCCGUCCCAUGCCUACAACGCUCCUCUUUCCUCCAGCAGUCCCAUUCAGAGCCCAGAUGCUGUGUGUUGCUAUGGAAGUCCGGAGACCAGGCUGAACGUGAAGUUUGUCCAGGACACGUCCAAAUUCUGGUAUAGACCAGAUAUCUCCAGAGACCAAGCGAUCAACAUGCUGAAGGAUCAAGAGCCUGGAGCCUUUGUCAUUCGGGACAGUCAUUCAUUCAGAGGGGCCUACGGCUUGGCCAUGAAAGUUGUCUCUCCACCUCCGACCCUGCAACCUACAAAGAAAGCUGGAGACGUCACUAGUGAGUUGGUGAGACAUUUCCUGAUUGAGACGAGUCCGAAAGGAGUGAGACUGAAGGGCUGUCCUAAUGAGCCAUACUUUGGCUGCCUGUCUGCACUGGUCUACCAGCACUCCAUCACUCCUCUGGCUCUACCCUGCAAACUAGUCAUACCAACCAGAGAUCCUCUGGAGGAGUCACCUGAGAUCGCAACACCAACUAACCCGGCGGCAGAGAUGCUCAAACAGGGUGCAGGGCAGAAGAGUCCAGCUGACUCCCAUGCAUGCAAUGUCCUGUACAUAAGCUCUGUGGAUAUGGAGUCUCUGACUGGGCCUCAGGCCAUCGCCAAGGCCAUCUCAGAAACCAUGGCAACCAGUCCCACACCUUCAGCCACCAUUGUUCACUUCAAGGUGUCGGCGCAAGGCAUCACGCUCACUGACAACCAGAGAAAGCUUUUCUUCAGACGCCACUAUCCCAUCAGCACGGUCACGUUCUGCGACAUUGAUCCGCAGGAGAGGAAGUGGAGCAAACCAGAGGGUGGCGCUGCGAAGUUCUUUGGCUUUGUGGCCAGAAAGCAAGGCAGCACGACAGACAACGUCAGUCACCUGUUCGCCGAGAUGGAUCCCGAUCAACCGGCCACGGCCAUCGUCAACUUCGUCUCUAAAGUGAUGAUCAACUCUCAGAAGCGGUGAACUCUUCACGUAGCGCUGCUUUCUGGAGGACUUUCAUCUUGUUCUGUUUGAAUGCUUUAAGUUUCUGUUUUUUGUUCUGUAUGUUUGGGUGAGAGGCUGUGUGUAUGUGUGAGGAAGGGUUAUUUGGACGGCAGUGAGGAAGAGGGACAGAGGAAGUGCAGUGUGGGUGUAGAGGAGUGAAGUACAGAGGGGAGGAGAUCUUCAUCUCACUCAGAGGGGACGUGGAAAUGAUGUCGGGGAUUUUGUUGCUCUUUUUUUUAAGAAAAAAAGUAAAAGAAAAAGUAAAAAAAAAAAGGUUGAUGAGGAGGCUGAAAUGUGGGGCUGAUGUACCAAAGAUAAGAGAGCAGUCAGGACAAACCAAUCAUUAUUCAA